AUUCUCACAAUAUGGAAGGAACUUCUCGAACUUUUCCUUACACCAUAAAAUUUGUUGGUCUACUUGGUAGUCAUGCUCUUGGUAGAAAUCCAAGAUUCAUGGCUACGGCGGUAGAUUUAGGAAGGGAAUUGGUAAGGAGAAAAAUAAGGCUUACAUAUGGAGGAUGCAACGUUGGCCUUCAAGGAGCCGUUGCUUCAACAGUCUAUAACAAUGGUGGUAUAGUUAGAGGCUUCAUUCCAGGGUACAUAGCGACACGACAGGUGUACGGACCUACGUAUGGUGCAGAAUACACAGUUUCCAGCAACUACUAUAAGUAUUUUGAGAUGAAUCAUGUUGUGGAAGCCUUCAUCGUACUUCCUGGAGGGAUUGACACUAUGGAAGGUUUGUUCACUUUGAUCUCAUGGGCAUCCGAAGGGUUGCACAGUAAACACAUUGGUCUUUUGAACAUUGAUGGUUAUUUCAAUAACCUAAUUAAGUUUCUAGAUGAUGCGGUGAGGCAGAACUUCAUGGCCUUGAAUCAGAGGAAGCUUUUUAUUUCUUCUUUCUUUAUUGAUGAACUUUUAGACAAGCUAGCAUUUGCUAAAGCUUUUCCGGGAGAUAAUCAGAAUUUCGGGAACCCGCCGGAGAAUGUCAUGCCUGCUUUCAUGACCCAGUUCCUGCAGCAGAUGGCGAACGCGCCGAUGUUCCAGCAGCCUCAGCCACCACAGCAACACAUCACCUUCAAGACCUUGAAGGAUAACGGAGCGGAAGAGUUCCUUGGGGAUAGGGUGGCCGAACCCCAAGUGGCCCUCGAUUGGAUUGAGCAGGUGGCGAGGGUGCUUAAUGAUUUGGACGUUCCAGUUGCAGAUCAUCCAAGGUUGGCAUCUCAGUUACUCCGCAAGGGAGCAUACGAGUGGUGGAAACGUGUAGACAGUUAUUAUGAACCUCAUGGUGACUAUGACCGUAAUGGGCCUAUAUACGACGAUCAACCUGAUCCGCUCAUCGAAGAAAUCCUAAGAUUAGAGCAGAAAAUCUUCUAUUUCGACGAGGUUUUAUUCGCUGAAGGCUCAUGGUACGAACCACCUUACUCCCGUGACUACACUUUGUUUGCGGAAGAACAAAUUGAAGCAAACAAGGUGGCAAUUCGAGAACGAGCAAAACUUCUCGAAUCAGUCCGGAAGCAAAAGGAGUUCGAAAGGAGAUUAUGCGAAGGAUCAGAAAUGAUGCAGAAAAUGUUGGACGACUUCCAAAGAGAGAGACUAGAAGCCGAGGCUAAAGCUGAUAAAUUAGUCAAUGAUCUCUGUAAGGCUAUUGAGCUUAAACGCUCCCUCCAAUCUCAAGAUCCACAAUUGGAGGAAGUUAAUGCUCAAAAAGAGGCUCUAGAACCUAAGACCAACCCUGAACCAUCCAACCAUCAGGUGCCAGUUCUAGAAGAUUCACCAAGUUCUACACCAUCACAGAAACCCGAGAGCAUAACAACUCUUGCUGGGGCUACUGUGGUGAUGUUACCCGAAUACCCUCCAAGCCAAGUCUCAACCGGCACAGUCGUACAAGAGGUGGAACCAACUGAGGAACCUGACUCAGAAACACCUAUGCUUAUUCAAGAGCAGAAGGAGGAGGAAGUUUUGCCUAUGGCAAUAAACGACCAUAUCCUUAAUUGUGUUGAAGACACACCUCCAGAAGAACCUGUUCUGGAGGAGAUAGAGCCCACUACCUACCCCCAAGAUUCCAACAUUCAAGAGUCUAAGGAGGAAUCUACAGACGAAGAAAUACCUAGCACAGAGGAACCAAUAACGUCUAUAGAUAAUCAUGCUUCAUCAGAAGACUUAGACCAAACUUUCUUUGACUCCCUACUUGACGGGUGUGACUUUGUCUGCCCGAAGGAUAGUUGGAGCCAAGAGAGUUGGGAUGAACUUCUGGUAAGUGACACUGAAGACUCAUCCAUGGGGGAAAGCACGGUCGUAAUCAUCAAACCACAAAUGGAUGGUCAGCCUGUUGAAGAUAAGGAAAAAAUCAAUCUCGCUAUGAAGGCCAAUGAUGUGGAUCAACUGAGGAGACUUCCGCCACCACCCACCUGUCUAGAGUCUCCUCCUUUUAUCCUGUUGCCGCCAAGCCGUAGGGACGAGUCAAGGAUCCUGGACCUUGACGGAGCAAAGAUUCAAACAAGGUGGCAUCAGAAGAGAGUCAGAAGGGCCAAACUUUAUGACUCUCGGAUCGGAAAGUCACGGAAAAAGUGGAUGCCUCAUCGUCCUUCUUACCCUACUGUGGACCGUAAUGAGGUCCAACUGAUCGAUGCUGCUUCUAGGACGAGGUUCGAUGAGUGGGGACACUCACGGGUGUUACACGAGUCGGUGUGUCUGGCUCAGGAUACACUGACGGACUAUGGCUAUGCAGAGGAGAUGGAGGAGCUGCUUGAGGGGACCAGAUGGCAGCGCCUGCUUAAGAUGAGGGCAGAGUCUAGCCUACCACUGACCAUCGAGUUCUUAUGCUCGAUAUCUGCUGUCCCGGAGAUUGAGUCACGACAGAUGACUCAUAGUUUGAUCACUGCUGAUACCACGUUUGCCUUCACUCUUGCGGGCCAGUCGUUUCAGCUGACAGUGAGAGAGAUGGCUAUUCGUCUCGGGAUCUACACCCAGGAGGAGACCGAGCAGCCUGAGUUCUACGACGAUCCCUUUUGUCUUCCCGCAGAUUUUGAUGCUAUAGCUUUCUGGAGGGAGCACUCAUCUGACGACAAGGAGUUUAUGAACAAGAAGAGUAAGGCACGCUACUGGAUUCGGCCCAGCUGGAGGAUCCUAUCUUUUGUUCUUUCGACAUCCUUCUUUGGGAGGCCGUCGAACACUUAUAGGGUCUAUGAAGAAGAUAUGUUUGUCUUUUGGAGCUUGCACGACCGCCAGCCGGCGAACGUGGCUGUGUACCUGGCCAGAUUCUUAUACUCCCAGUCCUACGGGUGUAGAACGCACUUGGUUUGUGGGUUUGUGAUUACUUUGCUCUUUCGCUCCCUCGUGGGGGACGCACCCAUCCCACGGCCUGUGCAGUUGAUGAGGGAUUUAGAUGCCGGCAUGCUCCGGAAUGCUCACAUCCACCGGAGACUCUUUCCUAGCUCUUCCGAGAGCACUACGGCUUCUACUGGCCGCACUUCACAUGAGAUUGGAGAGUCAUCCGGUCAGUCAGAGAGAUCGUCUCAACGCCUUCCUCGUCGAGGACCUACCAGAGCACAGUUGGCUCGCGCUCAGACGGAGGUAGCACCGGCAUGGGCCCAGCAGCUCUUACAGAACCAGAACACACUUAUGCAGCCCGUUGUGGCACUCCAGGAGCAGGUGCAUGGUUUAGACAGGAUACGUGAGGCAUUGGGUUUCGAAAACCCGACAAACCUCCCUCCGCGUCAGCAGCAUCCCAGAGAUGACGAUCCCUCCACCUCUCGGCCUCCGCAGAUCGAAGAGUUCAGGAAGAGGUUGCGCCCUGACGUGCGACCUUAUGCUUCUACCGUGGUCACCACUGACUUCUCAGAGGCGUAUGAUCUGAUAGCGAAGGUGGAAAAAGCUGUGGACGAUCUGAAGGGAAGCUUGGGUGCUGGAGGGACAGUUUCUAGCCAGCGACCCACUACCAGCGCGGAGCCAAGCGGGAAGAGAUCCUUUGGAGGUACUAAGGGUACCCAAAACUUCAAAAAGACCAAGUCUGCGCCGGGUCAGUCACAGGCGGAGAGCAAUCGAAGCAAGCCUUCCAGGCAUCCGGUGUGCAAUCUCUGUGGAAGAAACCACCCUGGUGAAUGCUGGUUCACGCAGGGCUUAUGCUUGGGAUGCGGGAAGGAAGGACACUUCCGCAAGGAUUGCCCGACUAAUCCCGGACGUGCCUUCCCCGUAGCAGAGGUGCAGACACAGACAGCUGGACAGAGGCCAGCACAGAGCCAGAGGUCUACCGCAGGCUCAAACCCGCCAAGAGGACAGAAUCAGAAUCAAAACCGUCAGCAAGGGCGCAUGCCUGCACGCACCUGUGCCAUGCAGGGGCGUACCGAAGUAAACUGCGACGUCAUCUUGGGGCAUAGCAUGCGACUUCAUCAUCUGUACCGCAACUGUCCGUUGACGGCCCAAGGACAUCGGUUGUCCGCGAAGCUGAUCGAGCUACCAUACAAGGAGUUCGAUAUUAUCCUUGGUAUGGACUGGUUGACCGAGCGUCAAGCGAUAAUCGACUGUGGUUUGCGCACUGUGCGACUGAAGAUUGACGAUGGUGACGUGGUAGACGUCAAGGGGGAGUUGUUCCCCAAGCCUCCAGAAUUUAUGUCUUACAUGCAAGCAAAGCGGCUGUUCCAGAAGAAAUGCGAAGCGUUCCUGUGCCACGUCCGCGACACCAGAAAGGAGACCCCCAAACAAGCCGAAGAAGAAACGCUGAUCCGCUGUCACUGCUCCGUCAACAGCCGCUGACCGCCGUGCCGCUGUUGUGCCGCCGCCGCGGGGAUCACCGGAAACAGCCCGACCAAUUGAUUCUUGCUUUGUUUAAUUCGCCAAUUAAUCGAGGUAAUAUGAAUGAUGAUAAUGAACUAUUCUGGAGGCAGCGAGGGUGAAGAAAUGGAUGGAUGCUAG